CAGAGUCUAUGCGCACUUUGACAUAUAUGUAUGAAUAUGGUGCUCAGAGGAAAUUCUAUCUUAUUUUUCGUUUUUUUAUUUAAAUAAAAACAAAUCCAGAAGUCACGAAUUUAUUUCCAAGCGGAAGUGUUGAAAAGUUCAUUUUUAGUUUUUCAGAUGACGCGUGCGAGGAAGCGCACUUCGAAAAUAGGGAAAUGGUCUUCCAACGACUUACAAGCAGCUUUAAAAGCCAUACAAGAAGGAAAACCAAUGACUCAAGCAUCCGCUUUAUACGGAGUUCCUCGCACAACAAUAUACAGGAGAAUAAAACGCAACAAAUUUUCCGCUCCAAAAAUGGGUCGCAAGUCCGUCUUCUCGACGGAACAAGAGGAAAUCCUAACCAACCACAUAAACACAUUACAACGCACAUCUCCCCUGAACUCCCAAAAAGUUCGAAAACUAGCUUUUGACCUUGCUGAGAAAUUACAGCUUGAUCAUAAUUUCAAUAGAGAGAAACGGGAAGCUGGUCAUGAGUGGCUAUCAUCUUUCCUCAAACGAAACCCGCGAGCUCGAAUUCUGAGACGAGCUGCUGAGAGGAUUCAAGGGACACAAGCAGUGAAAAUUGAAAAUCCUAAUUCCUUCGAUAAUUUGGAUGGAAAUCUGCCUGCGAUUGAAACUCAGGAUGAGCUUAAGAAAGAAGAGGUAUUCCUUAAGAUGGAAGAGGAAUUUCCCGAGGAUUCAGAAAUCCUGGAUUUACAUAAUGAUCCUCUAGAGAUUAGUUCCGAGAUUUUUGGGAGUAAAAGUUACAGAGGCUUAAAAGGCUCCAAGAGUAUCAAACAACAAGUUGAGCAUAAAGUUAAUGGAAAAUUCGAAAUGAAGCUGAGAGUGCGGGAAAAGAUGUCUGUUGUUGAAGAAGAUACAAGUACUAUAAGGACUCACUUGAACAAACAAACGAAGAUUGUGGACAGAAGUUCAUUCCUCGAUCAGUUGGAGAGAUCUAAUCAGGUUGUUGUUGAAGAGAAGGAUGACGCACCUGCACUGAAGAAGCGGUCAAAAAGAAGCACGAAAACAGCUUCUUGGACUGCCAAGGAUUUGAAUGCGGCUCUACAGGAAUUAGCACAAGGGAAAACGAUGACAGCAGUUUCAGCUUUACACGGCGUUCCCCGUACUUCAAUUUAUAGAAGAUUGAAGCAGAAAAACUUUUCCUCACCAAAGCUUGGCCGAAAUUCCGUCUUUACACCGAAACAAGAACAGUGCCUAGCUGAUUACAUUUUAAAAGUUUCGAAAUAUUGUCCCAUGAAUACGACACAAUUACGGAGAAUGGCUUUUGAAUUAGCUGAGAAAUUGAAUCUAGACCACAAUUUUAACAAAGAGAUAAGACUUGCAGGAAGAGAUUGGUUGGCAGGGUUCUUUAAACGUAAUCCUACCGCGGAUUUCAAAGGCAAACAAAAGUAUUAUGAAACAGACAUUCAACAAAGUGAAAAGAAAAUUUAUUUCUAUAAUUUUGAUGAUUUGGUUAAAUCUUUUCCAUCUCUGGAAUGCCAAUCAGUUGAUGUUUAGUUGCAGAAUGUGUGAAAUCAAAUUUGAUGGUUAAGAAAUUGUAAUUUUAAUAUUUUGUUGUUGUUAUGUUCGGUUAAACAAAUUGUGGCAAGCGUGUAAUUUAGUUUAUCUUGUACUAUAGUUGUAAUAAAUUAUAAAAAAUA